AUGAAAAAUAGUCUCAAUACUCAAAAUCAUCAAAUAAUUGAUGAAGAGGGCUCUGCUUCCCAAUAUCAACUCGUCGAAGGAGAUCAAUCAUCCAUGGAAAUAAUUGAAGGGAAUGCACAAUCAGGCUUCAGAGGCAAAUUUCAAGCUCAAAAGGCAAAAUUCAUCAAAUUUAAGAAUAACCUCUAUGUUAAACGAGUAACAGCUGUGGUAUUGUUCUGGUUCAAGUUAUUAUCUGGACCAGUAAUGGCAUUGCCAUUCUUUUGUGGUGCAUUAUCUGGCUGGGGAUCCACAGUCGAUAUUGACAGAUGUGCUGGAAUAACCGCUUGGUUGGCUUGCUAUUGGAUUCUUCAACCUGUUCAUGUAACAGUAACAAGUUUUAUGCCUCUGAUUUUGUUUCCAUUAUUGGGAACUACAAGUGGAAAGAAUAUGGCCAGUGCUUACUAUAAUGACACUUCAAUUCUUUGCAUUGGUUCGUUUAUUGUGGCAGCAGCAAUUGAAAAGUGGAAUAUUCACAAGAGAUUUGCCUUGUUUGUGUUGAGUUUUAUUGGAUUGAGACCUAGAAUACUCUUAUUUGCCUUCACAUGUUUGGUUGGAUUCAUUACCAUGUGGAUUUCGAAUAGUGCAACCACUGCAAUGUUUAUUCCAAUGGCCAAUGCUGUUAUUACCAGUAUUAGAGUUAGAAAUGAAGAGAAUCCAAAUAAGCAAGAAAGAGAAAGGGAGGAAAUCAAGAUUAAAAAAUUUGCCAAAGCACUUUUCAUGAUCAUUCCAUUUGCUAGUUCAAUAAUGGGUAGUUCAACCUUAAUUGGCACUACAACAAAUUUAGUUAUUGGACAAGUAUUGAAUUCUCAAUUCAAGAAGCUUGCCACUUCCACUAAUAAUCCAGUAACUUUUCUUAAUUGGUUCAUUUAUGCUUUCCCACCAAUGAUUGUACUAUUAAUUAUAACAUUCCUUUACUUCUUGAUUGUAUUGGUAAGAACUAUUAAUCUCAAAGAGGAAGAACCUAUUUUAACAGAAAUUGAAUUGGGUCAAAAUAAUUUGAAGGAGAAUUUACUUGAAGAAUCUGAAUACUAUGUCGAAAAUAUCAACGAAGACCAAGAACCAAUUGAGAACAAUGAUAAGCUCUUGUCUGUGGCCACAAGCGAGAGUGAUUCAAACACUUCCAAAAAGAAGAAGAAAGACAAAAAGAAGAAACUUCCAAAUGUCUUCAAGAAGGAAUAUAAGAAAUUAGGAAAAAUCAAGUUUGAAGAAAUAGUUAUUUCCCUCCUUUUCUUGGUAAUGUGCUUGUUGUGGUUGUUGAGAGAUCUCUCAUUUGGAACAACUCGAAUUUCUUGGUCAUACUUGGUGUUUUUCAUGAGUGGUAAACCAGUCAAGAAACAAGAUACAGUAAUGGCCUAUCCAACGGAUGGAACUGUAGCUAUAGUUAUUGGAAUUUUACUAUUCUUCAUUCCAUCUUUCAAUAGAGCUGAGGCACCAAUUGUUGAACAAGAAAGUGACAAAUCUCUCACUCGCAUGCAACGCUUUAAAGCACAGCUUUUUAAAUGGAGAAACACAACUGGAAGAAUUAUGGAAUGGAAAGAAGUUCAAGAAAAGCUUCAGUGGGAUAUCUUAAUCCUAUUGGGUGGCGGUUUUGCAUUGGCUCAAGCUUUUAGUGAUUGUGGAUUCUCAGAAUUCGUUGUCAAUGUUAUGGUCGUUAAACUUGAUUUGGCCAAUAAGGUAGCUCCAUACACAUUAAUGUUCGUUAUUGUUUUUGGUAUUAGUUUGUUAACAGAGUUGACUACCAACACAAGUAUUGCUGUUCUUUCAAUGCCUGUUUUGGCUGUUCUUGGUCCAAAACUGGGUCAGAAUCCAGUUUUCUUCAUGGCAUCUGCAACAUUGGCUUGUUCGAUGGCUUUCAUGACUCCAAUUGGUACCGGACCAAAUUUGUUAGCAUUUUCUGCUAAACAUUAUUCUAUUUUUGAUGGUUUAUUACAUGGUGGUGUGAUAAAUAUCAUUGGUGUUGCAGCAAUCAUGUUGGGUUCUAUGGCCAUGUUUCCAACCAUUGGAGUUGUCCCUAAUGUUAUACCAGAUUGGGGAAAAACAAAUUCAACUACCCAUUCGAUAUUUUAG